CGGCCGCGGUGCCCUUCCAUGGCGCUCUCUUCGCAUGACGUCCCUCUACCCGCCGCUGGCGUCUCGGUCUCCCCUGCUGCCCGGUCCCCAAGCGCCGGGCACGCAGAAAGCCCAAGAUGGCGGACAUCGCCGGCGCUUGCUGCUGUCUUGUCAUCUCCAAGACCUGUUGAGUGCUGGGACGAGCGUCGAGCCGAAUCAACGACCGCUGAUCACAGAAAAGCUGGUUGGACCCGCGGUGGAGCAACCCGUUUCCCCUGGGCUGGUGGACGCGCAAAACCGCGCUCGCUUCGCGGAACGGCGCGUCGUGCGGGAUCCAGCAGAGCGGAAGGCGAGCCUCAGGAGAGUGGCGGCUCAUAGCUGGACUCCAGCUGAGCUGCCUGAGCCAUCCCUGCAGCAGCAACCAUUGCUACUGUUGGGCGAGGAGGCUGUCACUGCUGGGCCGACUGCCCGCUUCCCGCGUCUGGUGCUGUGGGACGAGAGUCGACGCUGCUUUGCAUCGCACUGGCCCGGCGCGUUGUCGCCGGACUUCUGCCGGCAGAGCUUCGGAGCUUUGCUGACGCAUGGGCCCUGGGAAGCGCUUCACAGCAAGAAAGGUCAAGUGACCCGCGAGACGUGCUGGUACGUGCGCAAGGGCUGCCGUUGCGACUACACCUAUGGCAUCGCUCGUGUCAGGGCUAAGCGAAAGCAAACAAAGGCCUUUCAUUGCGCCAUGGAGAUGCUACUGGAAGAGCUGAUGCGUGUGACCUUUCCGCAACUGCCGAAAGAGGCCUGGCCGAACGCGGCCAAUCUGAACCUCUACAGCGAGAAGUGGCAAUCCAUCGGCUGGCAUGCUGAUGAUGAGUCGCUCUUUCAGGGUCGAGACAAGGAUUGUCCCAUCAUCUCGGUUUCCCUGGGGGCUCCACGAGAGUUUUGGUUGGCGCUGCGGCAUGAGGGCAACUGCAUGGAUCCUAAACUGAAGAGUAUUGUGGAGGUUGACCUUUCUUAUGGGGACAUUCUGACCAUGGAGGGCCUUUGCCAGAAGUACUGCGUGCACUUCGUCCCUGCGGAUCUGCGGAAUGUGGCGGACGCCCAACGUGGUUCGCGAAUCAACGUCACGUGGAGAUGGAUCCGGGAGCACAAGCAACGAUGUCCGCAACAUGUGGACGGAGUAGAGGAGUUCUUCUUUGGAGCUCAUGGCAUCCCACGAAGUCCGGGUCUCCCCUGCUGGACCUCUGCCUGGGCUGGGAAUUUGCUGAUGGCCUGGAGAGCAUGCGAGGAAUGCGAUCACGACGCUUGGAGAGGUGGACGAAACUGCGUAAAACAUCAGCAAAAGUGGCUGUGCCGCCAUUGUUACCAGCAUGCGCUCAGUGGAGCGCCGGCGCGGCCAAAGAUCUACACGCCACGUGAACGGGGUCAAAGGCGCCCACAGCUGCCAAAGGACAGACAGGAGAAUUCCCAGGAAACAUUGAACCAUGGCCAUUUCCAGAGCAUGGGGCCCAGUUGGUUUCCCGCAGCUGGCACGGGAUACCUCAGCGUUGUGGACCUCGUUCACUUCAUGCCGACUUUCCCGGUGAACUCCAUUCAGUCGCCAGUGGUUCAGCAGGCGACACAGGACAGCUCUGAGCCGACUCCGCAACUUGCGCAAAGCUGCCAAGUUCCGGUCCAAUCGAUGUGUGCGGCCAAAGUGUCGUACUAUCCAGUUCAAAGUCCCUGCUGUCGGUGCCCAACGCCCUGA